UGGCAGAAGACGCCGGGGCCGCCAUCCUUCCUAUACUGCAAUACCGCAUAUAUUGACAUGUCUUGUCUAUCGUAUCCAUAGACUCAGCCUCGACGUCCUGCAGCACCUCUAUCGACGAGCUACCAUGGACAGCGGCCAAUAUAUCGGCGGUCCAGGCUGAUUGCCGCCCUGCCCCUUAGGAUUCGCACUAUGGCGGCCCCGUCUCCGCAACUGCAUCUCGACAUCUGGCUGCUCGUUUUCGACGAGCUCGACGACAUCACCUUCCUCUGGUCGGCCUGCCGCAACGUCUCGCACUUCCUUCGCGCCUGCGUCGACGCGUUCUUCCGCCAUGGCGUCCUCCAGAACACCCUGAUUGACCUGCACUACAGUGACAUCCACACGCGCCACGGGCCGGUCAAUAAUUACAUCCACGUCCCCAUGGUUUUCGAUCGCUUUUCCGACGACGGGACGAGAGCCGUCUUCCAGCAGCGGGAAUACAACGAGAUAGAUAGCGUCUCACGGUACAAGGGCUCCGUGCGUGGCUGGCUGCCCUUCAUGGAGCGGUACUGCAAGGAGACGCUGAAGCCGACACCCAAAGUGCUGCACAAGAGCAAGGCCUCUGGCGCCCCUCCGCUGUGGGAGCGGGAGCACACACAUUGGCGGAACACGCUCUCCGGAGACCGCAAGAAGAGCUACCUCACGGCCAUCCGCGCCAUGACCAGCAUCGGCCGCGGCGACCGCCCGCCCUUCUACAUCAAAAUUCACUCCACCGUGAACGACACCGAGCUCGUCGAUGUUGUCGUCGACUGCUCUCGGCGCGAGCUCUCCUUCAACUGGCGCCGCACGUACUCCCUGUUCUUCCGCGAAGUAGACUUCGUCGCGCGCGCCUACAAUUCGUUUGGCAAGAAGCGUGUCUACGACGAGGAUCUCACAGCCGUCGCCAUGCGCUACUUUUUCGACCAGAACCGCAAGAACCACAACGUGCGGGCCCGGCAGAAGCGGCUGGUUACCUGGACCAUAGGGAACAAGCAUAGGAUGAGCCCUGAGGUGCGCUUGUGGACCGAGCACCAGGUGGAGUCGGAGAGGGUUCGCGUCGAGCGAUUCCUGCGUCGCGAUAAUCUUUGCGAAGUCCAAGAAGGACGGGGCAGUGAAGAGGAGAUUGUUCCGGCGAAGUUGGCGGAGGACCAUCCGGAUUUGCUGUUCUGGCCUUGGACGGACGAGGAUGGCUUCUAUACUCCUAAGAAGAAGCGCCCUCGAUGUGGUCCGCAUGGUUGUACUGUGCUUUGAUGAUUGUUUAUUCCUUGAUACCCAGUCUCUGAGGAGCUACGACUAAACUGAUAACCAAUGGAUACCUGUUUCCCUUGUAGCUCUACAACACGCGUGAAGUAAUCAAACUGUGCU